AGUCAGUCUUGCUCUUCGUCGCCUUUAUUUUCGAGAAGCGCCAGAGUAACGAUCAGAACAUAACCUUAACGUUUCAUUUAAGACACAAUUGCCGAUCGCGAAAUACCAGGAAUUCCUCGAGAAGAAGCUAAAUCGACAACAUGAAAAUUUUUUCUGACUCAGAUUCAGAUUCAGAAUCGAUGGAGGAGAAUGGAGGUAAAAGAAUGAGGGGCAGAGCUCGUGGCCGAGGUCGUGGACGUACCCGAGGGGGUCGGGCUUCCAGAGGAAGAUCCAAGAAGCAAGUUAAGGUUAUAGAAAGCGAUGAAGAAGAGACUCCGCAACAAGCGGAGGAUACUUCUGCAGAAACAGUUGGUGGGGAACAGAACGAACAUGAACCUCCCGUGACUCAGCCUUCUCUCGAGCAACAGUUUGACUUGGAGGCUGAUAUAUCGCAGCUAGAAGCACCGACUUUCACGACCAUCAACCGUGGACCGCCCGAGCCAAUGUUGCGUUUGAGAUGGGACCAUCGGGUGAAUCUUAUAGGAGAGAAAGUACUGAAUCCUAUGAUACAUUGCUGUGACAAAUGUUUGAAGCCUAUUCUCAUAUAUGGCCGUAUGAUACCUUGUAAACAUGUUUUCUGCCUAUCUUGUGCCAAGAGAGAAGAUAAAGUCUGUCCUCGUUGCAUGGAGAAGGUAUCUAGAGUGGAGCAAACUGGCCUGGGUACUGUAUUCAUGUGUACACAUGGCGGGACAAGAUAUGGAAAUGCUGGUUGCAGGAGAACAUACCUGAGCCAACGAGAUCUACAGGCUCACAUUAACCAUCGGCAUAUUUCGGCGCCACCUCAACCAGUCCAAGGAAUGCAGGUUGAUCCUCCGCAAUAUGUACAUGCUAAACCAGAAAUGGAGUCACAGCUAACGAAGGUGUCCUCCGUGCAGAUGCAAAACACGCGGCUUAAAUCUGUGCAGUCUCACAUGGUUCAACCGAUCAUGGGUAACGAUCCUCGUGUGAACUCACUGGUAAAUCAACAACCAACGUUGGAACAACAUCGGCAACAUAGGCAGCAGCAACAACAGCAACAGCAGCAGCAAGCAAUGAUGUCAAUGCAGAGUUAUGCGCAGAGUACCGCACCGCCACCACCGCCUCCAAAUAACGCUCCUAUGCGAACCAAUCUCAUCACAGUACCAAUCCAGGAUACAACGUCUCUAGCUACGCACGAUCUUCACGCGCAACAGAGUCAUCAUUAUUAUCCGGCGCCACCACCACCGCCUCCGCCGCCACCACCAACAGUUACACCAACCUCCAUACGGCCAUCUCCUACUGGUUAUAUACAGGAACCUCAAUACGGUCCACCACCGUCUCAGCAACAACCGCCACCACCACCACAGCCACAAUGGUCACAACAUCAACAGCAGUUUUAUAGAUAAGAAAGACGAGUGUUGUAAUUUAGUGGUAGAGUAGUCGACGUGAAAAAUGUGAGCCUAUCACUUUAUAUAUAUUUCUAAGUGGAGAAAUAUUUUCUCAAUUUAAAUAACAAAUUGUAAAAAUAUACCCAAGAUUACUCGGUCUGAAUCUAUUGUUCCUAUAUUUCUCUGAAGGGAUCUGAUAACCCCAAUAAAAUGAAAAAAGAAAAAUGUUAUAUUGAUUGUCAUAAACAGCUUAUUGGGGCUUUAUUUAUUAAAUCCCUUGUGAAGAAAAAUUUGGGGAUAUUACAUAAAUGUAUAUAAUUUCCCAAUAUAAUAUACAAUGAUCUAUAUAACGGUGAAUAUUGAAUUGUAAAAUGACAUCCUAUCUACUAUU